AUGCGUCUGACCGGUAUCCUGGCCUCGGCACUCUCUGUCAUUGGGAUGGGGAUUUUUCUCGCCGACAACCUCACGACAGCAUGUAUUGGCUUAGGUCACAUGUCCGCCAUGCCUACUGAUCAAGUAUCUCCAUACGAGAGAUCCACCACUAGGAUGAUCAUAUUGCAGGUUGAGGGGAUCAAAAUUGUCGCCGAUCUUCGCCGCUUAGCGGAGCUGAAGUAUGGUGACGGGGCCGUCAACAUUCGAAACUUAGGUCUCCUUGAGGAUUUAUCCACGGAUAAGGCUGUGAAUGAGUCAAUUUCAGUCAUCGAGCCACAUUACAGCUGGAUGGAAGUGGAGGGGCUGGGUGCAUUCGACGACUUAAGAAAUCUCCGAGAAUCGAUCCUCAAUGAUCCGUCUGACUGCGCUUUGAUUACCGGAGGAUAG